CAACGCUCCAAAAAUGCACCGAUAUCUGCCCACGAUGCCCUGAGGAGAUCGAGCUUCCAGAAGAGGAAAUGGAAGAGCCUGCGAGUUCCACCGACCCAACCGAGGAAAAAGUAGAUGUAGAAGACGUUGAUGAACGACACAAUCACGAACACGAGCGCCAAUCCAACUCUCCGGACGGCAAGAAGAAUACUCCCCUUGGAACGACCACGCCGUCACCCUUGCAAGUGAUCGAGAGCAAGAGUAGCCGCGAUAACACGAAAUCGCCGGCAGAUGAAGCAGCAUCCGCUGAACAAGCGAGGAUCCAGAAGCAGCGCGCAAAGUACUACUUCGGCCGACGCGGCAUCCAGGUUGACCGGCAGUUUCUGUACCCGGGGUAUUCGGAACACCUGAAUACAGCGGAAGCCUACUACCAGAUGUACGAGCAAGAGGUAAUGCAGAUUCUUCGCGUGUUUCGCCUGCGCCACGAAGCCGAGCUUUUUGACCAUGCCAAUCCAAGGGACGGGAUUUCUCGGCGGGAAAGACACAAGUUAAAGGACGUGCUCCGGGCACGUGUGCGUCAGCUGAGGAAUAAGUUUCUCGAUGCGUUUCACGACAUCUCUGAACACCUGGCCGGCAUCGAUGCCGCGGUGAGCCUGCACCUGUCUGAAACAGCUACCGCAUCGGAGAGUCCGACGCAGACCGCGAAACGGCGCCAGGACGUACAGCAGUCGCUUGUCGUGGACGUGCGACGCAAACGGGCUGCAGCCUGGUACUUCGUAGCGUAUAAGAAUAGGCUUUGGGCCGCCGGGAAGAAGCGGAACCUUCUGAGUUUUGGUUGGAUCGGCGCUGAGUUCUUGUUGCAGAAUUGGUGCGCGAACAAAACGGCUGUCGCGACGUUACGCACACGGCAACUGACCUACAUCCAUGCGGGCAUCGCGGGUAGCCUGCUCGACGUCUGGGCACGAGGGAAUCUUUGUCAGGGCUGGAAGAAUGUUUUGUCAGGUUUUAUCUCGGAGCUGCACCAGAAAACUUCGCUCCGAGUGCAGACCGUGUACAGCAGUCUCUUCGGUUCUUUCUUUAGCCACAAUCGCGACCGCGUGGCACCAGCAGAGCUGUCGAGACCAGCUAUCCUACUUGCCGUUUCUCCCUCUACUGGACUGCAGGGCGAGGAUAUCCGCAAACAAGCUCUGGCACAGCUUCAGCGUCUUGACCCAACGGCACAUCAGGAACCGUUAGACAAUGCCGCUUUUCGUCUUCCGAAAAUCAAUUGCGGGGUGACUCUCGCGAAGUCCGCCGUCGGUCUAAACAACGUGGGUCACGUGCUUGCGCGCCUUCUUCUAAACCACCCUGCGGGCUCCCACGUUCCAGUACUAGCUCAGACUAUCGCUGUGUGGGCUACGACCCUACGUUUGCUCUCUGCAGACGAGGUGUGGUUUCUGUUUCUGGUGCUGCUCUUCACCGCCGCGGACCACGCUGGGACAGAAGACGCCAUCGGCCCCGCCCUUCUCACUGAGAACGAUCUGACGGAGCACUCCAACGAAAUACAGGCAUUCGCGGCGAAGUUGGAGCACCAUGAGAAAACCAUCGCAGCAUAUGAACGGCGGUCAUCCCCAAGUAGUACAAAUGAAAAUGGCGAUGUUAAUGAACAAGCUGCUAGUGCUGAUCUGGUAACCAAAUGCGUGCGCGCGCGCGCGCAGAGCGCGCGCCGGCCCACGAAGCCGGCGCGCGCGCUCUGCGCGCUUGCGAUAUUGCUUAGCAAACGCAGCGCGAAGGCAGUUGCCGUUACCAUAUAGGGCAACCGCCGGGAGGCGUGAAGGUCAGGGAAAUGGCCAGAAAUGAAGCGGGAGAAGGGAAAAAAAGUGGACCAGAUGGGAAAAUGGCCAGGAGGUCAAAAAUGUCGCAAAAACGGCAGAAACCAAGCGGGAGAAGGUGCAAAAAGAGCAUUUUUGCGGUUUGGCCCACUUGAUAUCUGAAAAAGAGACGGACUGUUUUUUGCUCCGCCCGCUGGCCAGCUGCGUUGGAGAAGCAGGCCCGCGACCUGUCCGGAAGCCUUGGGCCGCUUGAUACGUGAAAAAAGUUGGAAAAAAAUGACAAAAAAUUGCUUCAUAACGUGGGUGGAAGCAAUCGUCGGAUUUUGUGCAGAUCACCCGGGCCACUUGAGAAGUGAAAAAAGAUGAGAAAUUGCGCAAAAGCCCAAUCCCUCCGCAGGCUUCGAAAUUGCCAGUCAGCUGCGGUCGGUGAAAAUGUGCAGGUCCCCCGGGCCACUUAGAAACCAGAAAAAAACGCGAAAAUUAAAAGAAAUCGAGAACCCCCGGCAGGCUUAGAAACUGGCCACCAAGGGCGGUCCGGCGGGCGCGCGCUUGCGCCGUACCAUCGCGAUUGGGAAAAAAAAACCGCACUAGAAGCGGGCGGAGGGAUGUCACAAAAUCCCUGUUUGCCCGGGGUUGGGGGCACAAAUUCGGCACCUCCGCCGCGUCUGAAAUGCCCGAUUUUGGUGGCCCGGAAGGGUCCGCGGAUAUUCGGCUUUCCACAUACCUUCUUGGCCAGGGGGCCAGUUUGUCAUGCAGGGGGCUAGAAAGGAUGCCCCGCUGCGAAAUAGCAGACCGGAUUUCGCCUUCAAUGCUUAUCGCAGGAGCCUGCGGGCCGCCGCGGGCGACAGUAGUUGUCCGCGGCCCUUUAGGGCCGCGGGGAAGUGGUGGAGCCCGCUUUCGCGCUGGUUAGAUUUUCGCGCACGCAUUUGGUUACCAAUAUCGCCCUCCGGGCGCGAUCUUCAUACGAGCAGUCGGUCAGUCAACCCCGUAAGCCUGGCCGAAAUGUGGCUCUCCUUUCUGACCACCCUUGCGCGACUUUCGGACAGUGAUGAAUUGGUGCAGCGCGAAGCAGAUGCAAACGCGACACGAAACGAUGAAACGCCUGUGGGUGCCAGGACACACGACACUGUGUCGACAAAGGAGCUUGACAAAAUCGGCAAUUAUGUUCAGGCGCAGGGAUUGCAGGAUUUGUUCGACAAGAGUUGGCCGUGGUGGAAGCAGAACUGCAACAAGUGUUGUAGCCCCGCCUCUUCUGGAAGACUUAGAGUUCGGCUUCGGUUUCGCGAGGAAGCGAAGGUACAUCGAGCAGCAGUUCGCGCGAAACAGCAAGCCCUCGCUGACCAGUCGAUCCUGAUGGAGCCAGGAGAUCACCACUACAAGCGUUUCGUGUUCCGAAAGCCACGACCCGAG